AGCGGAGAACACUGCGCAUUAGGAGCAUGUAGCUAACCCCAGCGUCCCCGAAAACAAGACGGACCUGUUUAUGUGUUAACCCAUCUAACCGGCCGCCAUGGCGUCGAGCUUGAGAAUAUACUCUAUCGCUCUCUCUUUAACCGCCCUCUUUAUCCCUGCCUUUUCAGAAACACGGCAGCUGAACACGGAACAUUUGAUCAAUGUGACUGCACUUAGUGAAAAUGAAGAGUCAUCCUACAAUGUCCAGAUCAACUUGAGUCUUGCCAUGGUGGACAACAAAACUAUGGUGAAUGGUGUUCCUCUCAAGCCCUCAGAAGUGACAAGGAUGACAUGCCAAGCUUUGCUGUUAGAUGACAGUAAUGUCACUUUCAGUGAUGGGGCUGGGGAGUUGGUCAGCAGUGUGUUGAGACUGAUGCUGGACCAGUCAUACAUGCAGAGUGAUGCGGGAGAUGAUGUGCUGCUGCUGACCUUGGGUCAAGAAAUGAUCCAGCUGGGACAGGAAAAUGUAUGGCAGCCUGAUGUGUGGGAGAUGAAAAUGCUGCUGAAUCAGAACUCUGAGGAGGUUACUCAAAUACACGACAUUUUCCCCAUGUCUAAGAGCAAGAUCUCUGCCAUGCCAAGAGAAAAUGACAUAAUCCUGACUGACGAAUCACUGACUGACGAAUCUGUCUUUAAAACAGAAGAGGACCAAGUCCUGCACACUACCAGUCACUACCCACUUAAACAAGCUGAAACUACCCAGGAGGAAAUCGCUGCUCCAGGGAAACUGCCGGAGACACCUUUGCGCAUGGACCCCAGUACACUGUAUGAGUCUGUACGGGAAGAAGUAGUUAAUCCAGAUGACCUGCUGCCGGAGGUUCCUCUGAGACAGUCCCCCUCCUCAUAUAACGUGGUGUGUCAGUGGGUGGAGGAGCUCAGGGAUAGACUGAGGCGCUUCUGCUCUGAGUCUUUGCCACUCUUUUUCCUCAUCAUGUGGGUGGUGGUAGUGGGAGUCGUGGGCUCUGCAGUUAUCAUCAAGAUUCUGGACCUGUUGUUUCCUACUUGCGAACACAAGGGAUUCUUUCAUCUGAACCCAGAGACCCUGAUGCCAGAGGAGGAGAAGCAGUGUUUGGUAGAUAAUGUGGAGCUGGAGACGGAGACAGAAGAGAAGAGCUGCUUGAGGGAAGAAUCGCACUGAUCUUUCCCUAAGCAUUUCACUUUAAGGGAUGUUUGCGAGUCCUUCCCCCCCUCCCAAUUGUAGCACUUUAUAAAAUCAUAAUGUAUUCCUUUGCAUUUCUUUAUUCAUUUCUUGUUCUGUUUCAGUGGGGCAGCGUCAGGAUGUGUGUUGAACAUUUAUUGAAACACUUUUUGUAUUAGUGGAGUGCUACUGCUUUGUGCCUACAGACAGAUAUCUUGUGUAUGAUGUGAAAGUUCUAAUGUGAUAAAAUAGGACAUGGUGUGGUUUUUGGGUCACCAUUCUUAUUUCUAGAGAUUUGUGUUCAUCAUUAAGCUUAACGUAAAGCGCUAGUGAUGCCAUUGUCCACAAACAUUUCUAGUCACAGCCACUGUCAUAGAAACAAGACACUCAAUGAAUUUUCACAUGAAAUGCCUAAAUUCAGCGAUUGUACUAUUUAAAAACUAAACAUGUAUUUUACACAUUUCUGACAUCUUUGGUUGAUAAAGAUGCAUGUGAUUGUUUUCUCAGUCAGUGUGGGGUGAGAUUUGUUGGUCUGCACACUUAUUUGACUUGAGAUGGGCUGGGUUGUAAAAAUAGUGCUAAUAUGAUUUUGUUUGGCUCCCACUUAAACUGCUAAUUUUGGCUUGCUAAACAAUUAACCCAGCUUUGUAUUAUAUAUGCCCAAGAACGCUGUUUGGUUAUUGUACAAAAAAACAAAAGAAAUAUACCAUGUCGCUUUAGUUCAUUCACAUCCUAUUUAUGGUUCAAAAAUAAAUAUGAAAUGUGUUUCUCCUUUUGAGCAGAUGGUAGUAACAUGGUAGUAUGAGUUUAUAAAGAGCAUGUAAACAGAAACUGGCAAUGCUAAUGUGCUUGCACUGCAUUUAAUUAAUAAAAUCAACCAUUGAAUUUUCUGUUGUA